UAAAGGUCAUGCUAUAUGGAUUGACAAACAGCAAGAGUCUUUCCGUAUUCCAACUCUCAAAAGAUAAUUCAAAAUUUGGUCUUCCUUUGUGUCUCAUAUUUCAAAUUUUGGAACAUAUUACAACAUGGGUUUCCGUCUGCCUCGAAUUGUUACUGCUAAGCAAAGUCUUCAGCGAUCUUCAUCAACAGAAAAUAGAGAAUCUCCAAAAGCUGUCGAUGUUCCUAAGGGCUAUUUUACCGUUUAUGUCGGUGAGGAACAAAAGAAGCGUUUCGUCAUCCCACUAUCUUACUUGAACCAACCUUCCUUUCAAGAUUUGUUGAGUCAAGCAAAAGAAGAGUUUGGAUAUAAUCAUCCAAUGGGUGGCAUCACAAUUCCUUGCAGUGAAGAAAUUUUCCAAAAUCUCACUCAGAGUUUGAAUGACUUAUAAAGUAGAGAGAUUACCAUCUAGAAAUAGAUAGGAUAGAAAAGGUCUAGAAUAGUACAAAAUGUAAACACAGCGUAAACAUUUUGCAAUGAGAGAACUCGAUUCGUUCAAACUAUUUUAUGGUGUUCUUUAUUCUUUUCAUU